UGUCAAUCACAAGUGGGCGAGUUCCUGUGGUUGCUCGGCCAUCGCCCAGGGCACGCGCACGUUUGGUGUCACGAACAGCGCUAAAUGGCGGGUAAGGGUGGCGCGAGUUUUGAGGGGACGCCAUGGUAACCAGGCCCGAGCCCUCGACUGGGCCUGACUCCAGUUCGGUAUGAUAUCGGUGUUAAGCCGGACGAUGAGCAGCGUGAUGGGCCGGCGGCUGCAGGCCCGCCAAGUUCUGUGUGUGGCCGAGAAGAACGACGCGGCCAAAAGCAUCGCGGAUAUCAUGUCGGAUGGCCGCUUCCGGAGGAGAGAUGGACUUUCAAAAUUCAACAAGAUCUAUGAAUAUGAGUAUCAUCUAUUCGGUCAGAAUGUUGCUGUAGUGAUGACCUCUGUCUCAGGUCACCUCCUCGAGUUAGAGUUCAAAUCACCUUUUCAGAAAUGGCGCAGCUGUAACCCUGUAACUCUCUUUGAUGCUGAGGUGGAAAAGUACUGCCCAGAGAGCUAUGUGGAUAUUAAGAGAACCCUGGAACGAGAGGUGAGGAAAUGUCAGGCCCUGAUCCUUUGGACUGACUGUGAUCGUGAAGGGGAGAACAUUGGAUUUGAAAUUGUUCACGUGUGUAAAGCAGUGAAGCCCAAUCUACAGGUGUUGCGAGCACGAUUUUCUGAGAUUACACCUCACGCUAUCAGACAGGCCUGUGAGAAUCUGGUGGAACCUGAUCAGAAAGUGAGCGAUGCUGUCGAUGUAAGACAGGAGUUGGACCUUAGGAUAGGUGCCUCAUUCACCCGGUUUCAGACCUUGCGACUACAGAAAAUAUUCCCGAACGUGCUGUCAAAUCAGCUCAUCAGCUAUGGCAGCUGUCAGUUUCCUACGCUGGGGUUUGUGGUCGAGCGUUUCAAAGCGAUCCAGGCUUUUAUCCAAGAAACAUUCUAUAAAAUCAAAGUUACCCAUGAGACUGAAGAUGGAAACGUAGAAUUUAACUGGAAAAGACAUCGCCUCUUCAACCAUACAGCAUGCCUUGUACUUUACCAGAUCUGCAUGGAGGAUCCGGUUGCAACUGUACUUGAUGUCUUCACUAAACCAAAGAGCAAAUGGAGACCUUUACCCCUCGACACUGUGGAACUGGAAAAGCUGGUUUCGAGGAAGCUGAAGAUCAAUGCAAAGGAGACUAUGAGGAUAGCGGAGAAGCUGUACACACAAGGGUACAUUAGCUACCCUCGCACUGAAACCAACAUCUUCCCCAAGGACCUGAACCUCUCCAUAUUGGUGCAGCAGCAAACCAUGGACCCACACUGGGGGGCAUUUGCUCAGGGUAUUUUGGACAGAGGUGGGCCAACACCCCGAAGUGGAAGUAAGUCAGACCAGGCCCAUCCACCUAUCCAUCCUACUAAAUACACCAACAACUUGCAGGGAACUGAACAGCGUAUUUAUGAGUUUGUUGUGCGCCAUUUUCUGGCAUGCUGCUCCCAGGAUGCGCAGGGACAGGAAACCACAGUGGAGAUAGACAUUGCAGGAGAGCUCUUUGCUGGUUACGGCCUAAUGAUUAUUGCACGGAAUUACCUGGAGGUUUAUCCAUAUGAUAAAUGGAAUGCUAAGGUCAUACCUGUGUAUGAGAGAGGCAAAAAGUUCCAGCCCACUACUAUUGAGAUGGUCGAUGGAGAGACAAGUCCACCCCAACUCCUAACUGAGGCUGAUCUUAUUGCCCUGAUGGAGAAGCAUGGCAUAGGGACUGAUGCCACUCAUGCAGAACACAUCGAAACUAUCAAAUCCCGAAUGUAUGUGGGCUUGACGCCAGAACAAAGGUUCCUCCCAGGAGAAUUAGGAAUGGGACUGGUGCAAGGGUAUGACUCCAUGGGAUAUGAGAUGUCUAAGCCAAAUCUACGAGCUGAGCUUGAGGCAGAUCUGAAGCUGGUUUGCGAGGGCAAGAAGGACAAGUUUAGUGUGUUGCAUCAGCAAGUUCAGAAAUACAAGCAGGUGUUCAUUGAGGCAGUGACAAAGGCAAAGAAGCUGGAUGAGGCUCUAUCCCAUUACUUCGGGGAGGUGACUGAAAUUACACAGUCCGAGGAGUUCCUAAUGGAGAUUUCGGAACCUGUUAGAAAAUGUCCUCAGUGUGGUAGGGACAUGGUUCUCAAACCAAAGAAAGAUGGAGGGUUUUACCUUUCGUGUACAGGGUACCCAAACUGCAAGUCUGCAGUCUGGUUUCCUGACUCUGUUCUCGGGGUCAGCAGAGAUGAGAGUGUGUGUCCCACAUGUAAACCCCACCCUAUUCACAGGCUAAAGUUCAAGUUCAAACGAGGCAGCAUGCCUCCACUGGUUCCCCUGGAGUUUGUUGGUUGUAUUGGGGGUUGUGAUGAAAUGCUAAGAGAGAUCUUGGACCUGAGGUAUUUACGAGGAGUAUCACAAUCAAGCAAUCGAACUGCCAACCAUGUGCCACAGAGCAGGUCAGAGACCCGGUCGUACCGGGAUCAUAGGAAUACUGUGCCCAAGCAUCAGCAGGUGGCUGUGGCACCAAUGUCCAGGACUGUCCCUUCACAGAUGGCAGCUGAUAACGUAGUUGUUUGCAACUGUGCCCAAGACGCACUGCUACUGACCGUUCGGAAGGAAGGACCGAACCAGGGCCGGAGGUUUUAUAAAUGCAACGCGGGCAGCUGCAACUUCUUCCUGUGGGCUGACCAGGAUGUGAGUGACUCUGGCCAAGGUGGAUCGGUCGGUAGGGGGAGUGCGGCCCCUGGUGCAGGGGGCUUCCGUCGAGCUGGAAGCAAUGGAACCUCUGGUGGAGGGGAAACAGUGUGCACAUGCAAUCAGUUAGCCGUGACACGCACAGUGCAGAAAGACGGACCUAACAAGGGACGGGCGUUCCAUACCUGCUCCAAACCCAGAGACCAGCAGUGUGGCUUCUUUCAGUGGGCUGAUGAGAAUGUUCCACCAGGGGUGACAAAUAAACGGCAGGAUGGAAACUCCUCCAGAAAUGGUCCGACUGCAAAGAAGCCACGAUCCUGUGGGCUGUGUCACCAGCCGGGACACACCAGAACAAAGUGCCCCCAAAACCGGUGACUCUUUCUGCAGCACGGACAUUUGGCAAUAAACCGGAAACUCUGCCUGCAGAGAAAGCUGCAAGCUUCACCAUUCUCUGGCCUUUCCUGCCAAAGCCAACCGAACCCCACGCAAACAGCUCUUAAUGUGCUGCCAGCCUUCAAGUAGAGCAGAUAGCCUCAUUCUUGGUUUCACAGCACCUGGUUAUAAGUUAUAAGUUGCUGAAGCACAGCCACUCUACUGAUGUCGGGGGCGGAUGUGUGGUGUGAGACGGUGAUGAACCAUCUGGGACCCACUGCUACACUCUGCUGGGUGUCCAGUUGAAGGCUCUGGAAACAAUAUGGGCGCCGUUACUAAACCCAGUCAUCAGAAGCCUCCGAUUCAAAUCCCCAUCUGUGAAUUUUAUUCCUGAAAAUGGCGUUUCUGCUUUUGGUGCAUUGGAACCAUUCUGGAUUUGGUGCAUUUUACAACAUGAGGAGUCUGGGGGUUGGUCGGGGAGGGUGGUGGGUGGAUUGAAAUUAAUAGGAACAGUGUAUUUUAGUCAGAGGUCCCUUUUGUCUGAAUUUUAAUAGGUGUUGACUGAUCAGAGAAUGACUUUUUGAUUUCAGCUGCUCACACUGAGAUAGGGUAAUAUUCAGACAUGCUGCAGGGUUAUUUUUCAGUUUAAGUCCAAGUUCAAGAUGUUGGGAUUUUACUUUUGUUUAAAAUCACCUGGAAAUAUCAGCCAUGUUUCUGGAGCAGGCUGGCUAUGUUAGUAAAUUGUUGUACUAACCACUGUGGCUUCUUUUUCACAUCAUGCACGAUAGUUUGUGACUAAGGAGUAAAUUAGAGGCAACAUCAUUACUGAUUUUACUGAAGUGUAGUGCAAGUGUGAAACUUACUUUCCAUAUUCCCUUGAUUCUGGAAAAAACAACAAAUAUUCUAAGUUCUGUACUUUAGUUGUGGCUAGGGAGAGUGUUUCUGCUAUAUAAUGUUGGGGAUUCAGUUCUGGUGGGUACAGGUCUGUCACAAUAUAACAUCGAGGUUCAGUUCUGGUGGGUACAGGUCUCGGACUACAACACUGGGGCACUUUGGAGGGUAUAGCUCUGUCACUGUAUAAAUACUGGAAUACAGUCUCUAUCCGUCACUGUCCUGUAAAACACUGAAAUAAAGUCCCGGUGGCUAUAGGUCUUAUUACUGUAGAACACUGGGGUACACUGCUGGUGGGCAUAGGUCACACAUUAUAACACUGGGCUACAGCACCUGUGGGUGCGUGUUCAUCAGUAACACUGUGGUGCAGUACAGCAUUAAUGACGAUUGUGCUGUUUCCCUCUUGUGUUAAUUGUGCCAAGUGAUAGUACUUCCCUGGUUCUGCCUGGUGUUUGUAAGUGGUUUAUUACACUGAUUCUAUAUUUCUACAGUGUUCACUUCUGUGUUAGGUUUCUUUCCUUGUUCACGUGCAGCUGUUUCCCCACAGAACUGGCCAUUGGGAGCUGUGACUGGCUCUUCGGGGUUUGGCUUGGGCCCUGAGCUCUCUGGGAUGAGUUGUAAAUGUUAACACCUGUCUUAAUUUGUGGUCAGCAUCCCAAAGCCAGGUAUAGCUUGUGUAGCUGUCACUUAGCCAUGAGACUUGUUCAGUUAUAAACAGGUAGCAGAGUACUGGGAGAGAGGGAUAUAGGACCUUUAGGAACAAAUAUUGAAAAUCAGUUAUAUUUUAAUACUGAGCUGCUGUUGACUUUAGUAUUUUAAAAUUUUGAAUAUUAUAAAUCAAAUUUAUUUUCCAGAUAAGUUGGUUGGUCUGUUUUCAUGGCAUUUAAACUGAAAGUAAUGUCCCAAGGAUAUUAUGGAUUAACUAUUUCUCUCUCGCAUGUUUAGCACAUGAUUCUCUCCCAGUGUACAACAUUAUGGCUGAGGAAAUUAAAUAAAUUUAUAAUCCAUGUCAUGGCAUCAGCUGUCCCAAUUUUUUAUAAGAACAGGAUGAGGCCAUUCAGCUCCUUGAGCCUUUCUCACCUUUUGAUGAGAUCAUGGUUGAUCUCGUGUGUUUUUACUCAUCUCGCAUAUUAACUGUUUCAGCAGAAUACCUUUGGCCCACCUAGUCUACCUAACGGCAGUAUUUCCUUGGUGUAUUUCUAAUAACCCUGAACCCCACUUGUAAUUCCUGCCAAUCCUCAUUCAUACAAACACUAGUAAUGUAUAUGUAUUUUUAAUUAUACAGGAGUAAAAGGAGUACAAAGAAUAAUUGGUAAAGCAGCACUCUAUUUGUACAUUACCUUGAUUUAUUUCAAAAUAGUGUCCAAGAUCUUGAUUCUUUUCAGAAUCCUUUUUACGGUAAUGAGGAUAGUUCGAUUUUGGAGAUGAUUAUAUCAAAUGCAACAGAUCAGCAUUUUGUAGCAAUUGGAAUACUUCCCUGAUAUUAAAUCAGCUCAUAGCCUUUAUCUCUUAUAAAAUUAAUCUUCUUUUGGUUAUUUAUUUAUAAUUGUGUUGUUAAUCUCCGACAUUGGCUUUUAUUACAACAGAUUUGCUCUCUUUGGGAGUAGGUUUUUUUGAUAAUAUAAUGCAGAUCAGCCAUGAUCACAUUGAAUGGUGAGAUAGGCAUAAUGGGCUGAGUGCCUCCUACUGUUCCAAUGGUCUAUAAAUGAUCCUAGCAAACAGAAACCCGUUGUAAUCAAUUUUCUUUCUUAUGCUGUAAUUUGUAGCCUUCUGUGGAAUGGGCUGUCCUGUUAUUGUGGUCUUGUCUGGCAAACUUUGGACAUUGUGUUCUAUUAUUACAUCAUGUUGACUGAA